CUCCACUUUGUUAUUUCUUUCUUCCCAACCUGAACCAUUCUUCUGUAUAUUCUUGGUGAAAUAAAGCUCAAACACACAAUUUCUUAUAAAACCCACAAGUUUUAUUAUAUUUUCUUGAAAAAAGUUGAAAUUCUUGGGAGGGUAAAAAUGGUGGUGAAGAAGCCAAGAAUAGUGAUAAUUGGGGCAGGAAUGGCAGGGCUGACAGCUGCAAAUAAGCUCUACAAAUCCAGUGGUUCAAAAGGAGCAUUUGAGGUGUGUGUUGUUGAAGGUGGGGAUAGAAUUGGAGGGAGGAUAAAGACCUCAGAGUUUGGUGGUGAUAGAAUUGAGAUGGGUGCUACUUGGAUCCAUGGAAUUGGGGGUAGCCCAGUUCACAGAAUAGCUCAAGAAAUCAAUUCCUUGGAAUCAGACAAGCCAUGGGAGUGUAUGGAUGGGUUUCUUGAUGACCCAAUCACCAUAGCUGAAAAUGGGUAUGUAUUAAAUCCAUCUCUUGUUGACCCUAUCUCAAAUCUCUUCAAGCAUCUAAUGGAUUUUGCUCAAGGAAAAAGGAAAUCAACUCCUUUUGGAAUUGUGAAUGGUGGGAAUGGAAUUGAGCAUGGGAAGAUGAGUGUUGGAUCUUUCCUUAGAAAAGGUCUAGAGGAUUACUGGGAACUUGAAUCAAAAAAAGAAAGAGAGGAGGUGAAUGGGAAUGGGAAUGGGAAUUGGAAUUGGAAUAGGAAGUUGUUAGAAGAAGCAGUUUUUGCAAUGCAAGAAAACACCCAAAGGACUUAUACAGCUGCUAACGAUUUGUUGAAUCUUGAUUACAAUGCAGAGAGUGAAUAUAUUAUGUGUCCUGGUGAAGAAAUCACCAUUGCCAAAGGCUAUUCAAGUGUUAUAGAAUCAUUGGCAUCUGUAUUACCAUCUGGGAUCAUUCAAUUAGGCAAAAAAGUUCGAAAAAUCGAGUGGCAGCCUGAAUAUGAAGUGGGAAUUACAAAAAAUGGUCAUGAUGGUACAAGACCAGUGAAGCUACACUUUCUUGAUGGUACAACUCUAUCAGCAGACCAUAUUAUCAUCACAGUUUCAUUAGGUGUUCUCAAAGCCGGAAUCCGCGAAUUCAAUGAUUCGGGUAUCUUGAAAUUCCAUCCUCCACUCCCAGAUUACAAGAUUGAAGCCAUUUCAAGACUUGGGUAUGGUGUUGUUAACAAGCUUUUCUUGCAACUAAGUCCUGAUUCCUGGGCUGAUUUUGACCGAUUCCCAUUUCUACAACUGGUAUUCCACCAAAGCGAUUCCGAAUUCAAGAACCCGAAAAUCCCAGAUUGGAUUAGGAGGACAGCUUCUGUUUCACCAAUUUAUAAGAAAUCCAGAGUGUUAUUAUCUUGGUUUGCAGGUGAAGAAGCACUUAAGCUAGAAACACUUCCAGAUGAAGUGAUUCUUGAUGAAGUUUCCACAACUUUAUCGACCUUUUUGUCGAAUUCACACGAUUCCCAUCAACAAUCCAAUGGGAAUAUGAUCAAAAACUCCUCAAAAUUGAAACUUUCUAAGGUUUUGAAGAGUCAAUGGGGGAAUGAUCCACUCUUUAUGGGUUCAUAUAGUUAUAUUGCAAUUGGAUCAAGUGGUAGUGAUAUUGACACAUUGGCUGAGCCAUUGCCCAAAUCAAGUGAUUCCCCCCAACUUCAAAUCCUCUUUGCAGGGGAAGCUACACAUAGAACUCAUUACUCUACAACUCAUGGCGCUUAUUUUAGUGGUCUUAGAGAAGCCAAUAGGCUUCUUGAACACUAUCAUUGUAUGGAUUAGAACACUAUGGAGGAGGGUUAUUUUUGUCAUUUCUUUCUUUGAUUUCUAUAUUUUUUGAAAUACCCUUUUCUCUAGUGACUAUCAUUCUCAAUGUUGGGGAAUGAAAGGGAGAGAUGGAGACAUUUGCAAGAUGGGUAGUGAAUGAAUUAUAAAGAAGCUUCUUUU